CUUCUAUAUAAAGCAUCCGGCGAGAUGUCUUGAGGCAGUUCGGCGAGUACUGAAUUAUCAUUCAGCAGCGCAACCAAAAAAAACAAAACUCAACAUGAAGUUCUUCGUUUUGGCUUCCGCACUUUUCGUCAUUGCUAAAGCUGGUGUUAUUCCAUCAGUGGCUGUACCCGCAGUUACCCGCAUAACUGCUCCAGCUUUUCUAACAGCCAUUCCAUUGGCUCGCCAUUCUAGCCAGUAUCAUUCCCAGGACUCAAUUGGUCAGUAUUCGUACGGUUAUGCUAAUGACCUCUCAGCUAAAAACGAAAUCAAAUCUGCCGAUGGUCAGACCGUAGGAUCUUAUUCUUACAUCGAUGGAAAUGGACAGAUACAAAAUGUUCAAUACAGAGCUGAUGCCGCAAAUGGAUUCCGAGUAUCAGCUACAAAUCUGCCUAUUGCCCCUUCAGCUCCAGAAUUCAUACCACUAGCUCAGCCUGAACCCGUACAUGACACUCCUGAAGUGGUAGAAGCCAGAGCCAGACAUUUGGAAGCUCUCCGUGUUGCUGAGGAGACAGCCAAGGCGACCGAAGUGAAUGCACUAGAAGUAAAAUCUGCCAUUCCCGUAGAACAAGCUACUAAAUCUAUCACAGUACCCACACCCGCAGCUGUAGUAAAAGGUGCACCCGCACCAGCGUUCAGUUUUAUCCAACCAGCCUCUUUCAUAGCUUCACCAGCUUUUAGCUACUCUUAUAGUGUAAACGAUAACGGUUUAUUUGCCGUUAACGCAUAUUCCAUUGGUCCUCAACCCAUCAUCACCUCUUACACUACACCAGUUCUAAACGCUCCUAUUAUUGAUGGAGCUGUACCGGCUGUAUCCAGUGCAACUGUAGCUGAAGUAGGAAAAGAUAACGCAGAAAUUGUCGACGCAAGAGCUGUCAAAGUUGAAGCUGCCGAAAGUUCGAAGGAAAAUGUUGUUGAAGUUGAACAACAGCAGCAGCAAGAAGGGGCUAAAGAAUAAUUUCAUGUUAAGGAUUGUUUUUAGUGUAAAGUAGUUAAGGUUCCCGACUGUACAAUUUUUGUGAAUAUAAAACCUUCAAAAUUUAA